AUGAAGCUGAACAUCGUCGCAGCAGCAGUCGCACUCGCUGCGGUCUCUUCGUCCUGCAUCAGCGCUCUUCCUCUCCCGCUCGAGUCUCGCGCAUCCGUACCCGAUGUCUUCAACGUCGACGUCCAGAACCUCUAUCCCGAAGACACCGUCUUCGACAAGGCGCGCGGCCUGUUCUAUCAGUCGAACCUAUGGAAAGGCCGCAUCUCUGUCACGAGUGCUCGUGACGACUCUCACUUCAACGUGCUCAUCCCUGGCGUUUCCAGCAGUGGCGAUGGUGACCAGCAGAUGGCCGGGUUGUCGAUCAACGGGGCAGGUGACAAGCUGUUUGCGGUUGCCAAAAACUCGGCUGCUUUCCGAUUCGAUGCGGGGCAGCGACCUGAGGGAGCCGACUCUUUCCACCGAUUCAACCUUCCUGUCGAUGCUGGCAGUGCUCCUUCGUGGAGUGUCAGCCUGAAUGGCGUGCAAACCGAGUUCCAGCUGACGCGCGGGACGUUGCCGUUUGGUCCGGUAGCUUCUGCCCAAGAUGGACAGGACAACUCGUACGUCGUCUUUGCACUUGGCAUGCCAGCCAUCGCAAAAGUCUCUGCUGACGGCCGAACCAUCACACCUUGGUUCUCCGAAGCAUCCAACGGAAGUCAACGGCCAGGAUACACCGGCAUCGCAUACAUCCCCGAGGACAACGUGCUUGUUGCUUUCGGCGGUCCUCGUCCCCUCACCGCUUUCGACUUGAACGAUCCCAACCCCUCCGCCAUCCCCGUCAGACUCACCGGAACCAACUUCGGAGGUCUGGAUGGGACCGAAAAGAUCCACACGAUCCAGGUCAACGGCAAGAGCAACUUGUUCGGCAGCAAAGCUCCCAACGCCUACAAGUUCCAGUCUAACGACCGAUGGCGCACUGCGAGCGUUGCUUCGUCCACGAGGGACGAAUUCAAGACCAACUCACUCACUGUGGUGACCGAGGCCAACUUCAACGGCCAGCAACAGAUCUACGGUGGCGGGGCUUACUUUGGCGAAGGCGCGAAGGGCGGGAGGACUCAGUUCCCGUUGUACAGGAUCUACAACUUGCUGUAG